CUGCUUUCUAUAUUUUGCAGUAAACUCAUAUUUUUGAACUAUAGGGAUUAAAAUGGAAAUGUUCAAUUCUAAACGAUUGUCUCGCCUUUUUGAUCGGUGAUGAGCAACGGCAGCGCUUUUCUUCUUCCCGCUUCGCUUUUACCUCGUCGGUGCUCGCGCCUGACGUCACAAAGGCGACCUUGUCUCGUGUUGAGCCGGCAUCGUCGCAGCAUUCGCUGCUCUGGAAUUGCUCAUUCCUCCCGAUGGUGGCCCCGACGCCAUUGAUGCCUCUGCUCACCGCAUCCAAUGCCGAUGCAUGCUUGCAAGCAGAUACAGUCCAAGUCCCUGUUGCAUACGUUCGCCGAAUUGAUGCUUCAUGCACGCACCCAGCGUACGUUUGCGCAGAUGACGAUCCACACCGUUCUCCUUCUCGAAGUCGAUGCAAAUUUACCCCUUCUUUUGCUUAAUUUCCGUAAUAGAUAGAUGAACUAACCAAUAGCACGGUCAAAGCUAAGCUUUUUCUGUGCCAAUGAAUUGCCCGGCUUUGCACGGGAAAGUGCUACUCCGACUAGAUUGCCUGAGACCACAGUCAAGGGGCUCCAUUGACAAAAGGAUGAUGAACUUGCAUCUUUUUGGUGAUUCAAGAUGUCUCCAUGCAUGCACAACACGCCUGGUGUGUAGCUGAAGACGUUGAGGCAGCGUUUCAGUGAUUUAUUUGGAUAUUUUUAAACAUUUAAGUCUGAGAGCAGGAACACUGCCCUGUUUCGGUCUUGCCUGCUGCGUUGCUGCAUCGACUCUGGCGCAGGCACUGCUUUCAUGCUGUUCUCGUCGUUGCCUGCUGCUGCGCCUAAAGCCGCCACGGGACUCAGCAGACCAUACCAUGAGAAAAAGAAGCCCCUUUGCUCCCGUAAAAGAACGAGUUGCGUCGCUAAAAACAAUUUGGAAUGGGAUCAGAUAAAGAGAUGGAUGAUGCGUGGAGAUAAGGAGAGAUGCGGGGAUUUGAAUUCGCUCACACUGUUGGGCAUGAGAGAAAGGUUAAAAAGGGCAUUUAGAGAGAGAGAGAGAGAGAGAGAGAGAGUCAUGGCGUCUUCCAUCAUCGAAAGGUCGGUAUCUUUAUGGAGAAAAGAGAGAAUAAAUUGAUAAAAAGGAGCGCCUGGAAUUCGACCGCUCAUCGUAAUGCUGCAACACUGUCGCGUGCUUCUUUGGCUGCCAACAAAAAAAACCCCACCUUUUUCUUCUAACGCAUCUUGUGGCCCUCUUUCUCCUCUUCAUCAUCAGCUCGACGAGUAGAACUCUGAAUUCGCAUUCGCCGCCCACGUCACUCUGCUCCUUCUCAUAAGUCGAUGCUUGUUACUGUAGUCGAAAUCUGUUUCUUCUUCUUCUUUAUGCGAGUUGGGACAGCUUGUUCGCUUGCUACUUUGGCUUCUCUGCUCUUGGAUUCUUCUGCGAUUCGCCUCUCUUUUCGUUGGCUCGACGUAUGCCUUGUUCCUUUGUGUUCUUCGACUAAAGAUGAAAUUUUGACGCUCCAGGCUUCACAAAGAUGCAAAUUUGGUUUCACAAAGAUGCAAAUUUGACGACAUUAAAGCAUUCCUUCAGAGGGAUUUAGAAUGCGGCAACACUAGCAUUGCUCUCUGUCUUCACAUUUCUCACACUGGAAACUACUACUCUAAGAUUACAGCUCGAAGAUGUCCUCCAUUAGUCUAAAUAAUGCAGCAGCACUGCUCGAAGAAAUGAAGCUGCUGCGAGAAGUUCCCAAUAAGCCAAGAACCAAUCUUGCUUCAUUGGUAAACUCUGAGCUUUGGCAUGCUUGUGCUGGACCACUUGUAUCACUGCCUCACCCUGGCAACCUCGUGUAUUAUUUCCCACAAGGUCACAGCGAGCAGGUGACUGCGUCAACUAGGAAAAUGACAAACUCACAGAUCCCUGCCUACACAGAUCUCCCACCUCAGUUGACAUGCCAAGUUCAUAAUGUUACAUUACAUGCCGACAAAGAGACCGAUGAGAUAUAUGCUCGGAUGACACUUCAGCCAGUCAACUCUAAAAAUGUUGUUUUCCCCAUUCCCGACCUUGGUUUUAGUAAAUGUAAGCACCCGUCUGAAUUCUUCUGUAAGAUUUUGACUGUGAGUGAUACUAGUACACACGGUGGAUUCUCGGUACCUCGAAAAGCUGCUGAAAAACUAUUUCCACGAUUGGACCAUACUAUGCAACCUCCAAAUCAAGAGCUUAUUGUUAGAGACUUGCAUGACAACUCCUGGACAUUUCGACACAUUUACCGUGGGCAGCCUAAGAGGCAUCUUCUUACAACCGGAUGGAGUUUGUUUGUGGGUGCAAAAAGGCUAAAAGCUGGUGAUACUGUGUUGUUUAUCAGGGAUGAGAAGUCUCAGCUACUCUUGGGUGUUAGACGAGCUAACCGCAAGCAAAUAGCCCCACCAUCAUCUGUGCUAUCUGCGGACAGUAUGCAUAUCGGUGUCCUUGCUGCUGCAGCUCAUGCUGCAUCGAGUCUGAGCCCGUUCACUGUAUACUACAAUCCUAGAGCUUGUCCUUCAGAGUUUGUAAUUCCUUUAACCAAGUUCCAAAAAGCUGCAUAUACACAAGUAUCAAUUGGGAUGAGAUUCGGCAUGAUGUUUGAAACCGAGGAGUCAAGCAAACGCAGAUCCAUGGGCACAAUUGUAGGCAUCAGUGGUUAUGAUCCUGUAAGAUGGCCUAAUUCAAAGUGGCGAAACUUGCAAGUAGAAUGGGAUGAACAUGGUUAUGGAGAAAGACCUGAUCGGAUCAGUUUAUGGGAAAUUGAAACCCUGGAAAGCCUUUUUGCUUUUCCUAGUGCAACUUCAAAUUUAAAAAGACAAUGUCUUCCUGGAUAUGUAGAUAAGUUUCUUCCAUGUCCUGCAAUAAACUGUCAUUUAAGAAAUCCAAAAGACAUUCCAAAUUCGACUGAUAAUGGGAAUAAGAGUUCCAUCAUCGGCGUUGGUUCAGAAAAAAUUUUGAGCCUUCUCAAUAAAUCAUGUAGCCCUAACUAUGUGCUAGGGACAACAAGAUAUGACAGAGGUAAUGAACUUUACAGAAACAUAACUGUGCCGGCUAUUGGGAUGACAAGAAAUUCUACCCAGCAAGUAGUUUGCACAACAGCAAUUCAACCGAAACAACAUUUCCAUCUGCAGCAAUCUAUGUUUGUUUCAGAAAAUGUAAUGCAACAAGAACAUUGUUCUGUACCCCUCGGUGUCAAAUCAGAUUUUACUAGGAUAGAUAUUGAUUCAAUAGUAUCAGGCACCGAAGAAGCCCUUCCAGCAGAUGGUGAGAAUCCAAAUGACCGACAAAGGAGUGAGAGUAAAUCAUUACAUGAAUCUGUUCAUCCGCAAGAGACAGCUUCUGCAGAACCAACUGUUGAAUUGGAAGAGGAAUCAGAAAACAUGGUCAAAAUAGUUUCUGGUGACAUAUUCACUGAAUGCUUGGAAGAGUUUACAAAACAUCAAAAUGAAGAAAGUUCAACAGGUUCAGGCUCUUUUGAUCGUAGGAAUCAUGCAGAUCAUCUAUCAGCAAAGCAAGAUUUACAGGUGACUGGACAAGGUCAUGGCAAAUUUGUUCAGCAGUGUAAUGAAGCUUCUAUUUCGGCUUCACAUGGGUUCGAUGCAAGACAAUCAUCAGACAUCAGUAACCUAAAUGACUUACUCCUGCAUCAUGACCACCCACAUCAUGUCUUGGACCAUGACGAUUGGGCGAUCCAACAUUCUUGCCUUCAAUCCUUUGUAGGAUCGUCAAAGACACCAGAGUUUCCUUAUAUGAAUAUUAAGUCAGAUUCCUAUGUCUCUUCUACUGGAAAUGGUGCAAUUUGCUCUACAGAUGUUUCUGUGUUUGAGCCCAUUGAGACAUUUCAGCUUCCAUGUAUUUCAGAUUCACAGAACCCACAGCACUUCGCGGCUAAUAUUCAAGAAUAUUUAGGCAAUCAAUUGAGCUCAAUCAACGAUAAGCUGGUUGUCCAAGGUAUUCUUUCGUCGGAGGUUCAAAGAGAGUGCAGUAUCAUGCACGGUAUAUCCAAUUCGUGCAAGAUUAUGGACUUGUCUGAGGAGCGCAACAACCAGAGCAAUGCAAUUAGCCAUCCUCAUCUUACCAACCAAACUGUAGACAUCGGUCAUGUCUCAAAUAUGACCAUAGAAGGGCUGACUAACGUGUGGUCUUCUGAGUUUCAUAUUCCUUCAAUGAUGCCCCUCUGCAAUUUCACUUCGAAUCAUGAACCACUAUCACAGUUUACUUCGUCAAGAAUGACCGAUUCAGCAUUCUCUCUACAAGACAUCCCUGACAGCUCUGCAGGGACUUCAUCUGGCAGUAUGGUAGUGAACAAUUACAGCUUGUAUCAAGGUUCUAGGAAACAAACAUGCCAACAACCUUUAAGGACAUAUACUAAGGUUCAGAAACUAGGAUCUGUUGGAAGGUCAAUCGACGUGAUGCGUUUUAACAAUUACCGUGAGUUGAGAUUGGCCAUAUCGUGCAUGUUUGGAUUAGAGGGGCAACUGGAUGAUCCAUGGAGUUCCGAAUGGAAGCUUGUUUAUGUGGAUUAUGAAAAUGAUGUUCUUUUGGUUGGAGAUGAUCCAUGGGAGGAGUUCAUCAACUGUGUUAGAUGCAUCAGAAUUUUAUCACCUUCUGAGGUACAACAGAUGAGUGAGGAUGGCUUGCAGCUUAUGGAUGGCAUCGCAUAAACUAUCAAGCAAACUGAUAUACAUUGAACAAGAAAUCAGAACCCUUCCGACUUUAUUAUUAGGAAUUCUUUUUCAUCCACCUUGUAUAUUAUUGUCAUUUUUUCCAGUGUUUAAGGAAUGCUUGUUAGAGAGAUUCAUGUAUUGAGGCUUGAAUGAUGGACAAAUUAUAUGGAAUGGGGGCUUGGUGAUAAUGUUGUUAAGCUUAGAGAUCCAUGUAAUUAUUGUUACUGUGUUUAAGAUGAUCUUACACCCAUCGCAAAUGAUUAUCUUCCUCGCGUAUUAA